AUCGACGAAGGAGGUAGCUGUCGCUGUUCUUUCGCCGUUGGUAACUUGGCCGGUAGACCCUCGUCACGGUCUUAGGGUUCGAGAAAUCCAGUGAAAAGGUGAUAGUUAGGUUGCGCGAUCUUCUUCUCUCAAUUAGUCUCGUUAUUGCGUCUCCAUUUUAUUCCUACACUCUUGCAUCGAUAGAGCUGAGUUAUUUUAUUUGUUGCAAAAUUGAAAUAGGUUUCUUUAGUUGUCAAUAGAAAUAUGCAUAGAUCGAGUCUCCACUCUAAGCAUUACUGCUUUCCAAUUUAAUUGUGUGAUUUUGGAGAUUACACCAGGUCUUUUUAUUGGAAUAGAUUGUGUAACUUGCUGUUGUCUAAGCUGGUGAAAAUAAAUGAGUUCAUUUUCAAUUACACGGAAGAAGACUCCUUUUCAGAAGCAUAGGGAAGAAGAGGAAGCGAAGAAAAAGAGGGCAGAUGAUGAAGCAGCUAGGCUAUAUCAGGAGUUCGUUGAGUCAUUUCAAGGCGAUGGAACUUCAAAGACAUUUGUUAGGGGAGGGACGAUAAACCCGAAUGACAAAGUGAAGGAUACUGAAGGUGGGAAUUCCAAAGAUGGGGUGUCUGGUUCAAAGAAGGGGAGUAGGUAUGUUCCAUCCUUCUUACCUCCUCCUUCAACAAAGGGUAAAGAUUAUGAUAAGAAGUUGCAGAAAGAGGAGAGGCCAAGGGAGAAGGAGAAAGGAAAGUCAAGGAACAUAGAUCAUUUUAUGGAGGAAUUAAAGCAUGAGCAGGAAAUGAGGGAAAGAAGGAAUCAAGAUCGUGAUGGGCGUCCCAGUGAAAGUUCUGCUCCAUCUACCCGUUUUGAUGAGCUGCCAGAUGAUUUUGACCCAAGUGGGAAGCAUGGAUCUUUUGAUGACGGUGAUCCACAAACAACAAACUUAUAUGUUGGCAACCUCUCUCCUAAGGUGGAUGAGAAUUUUCUUUUGCGGACUUUUGGAAGAUUUGGCCCAAUUGCUAGUGUUAAAAUAAUGUGGCCUAGGACAGAGGAGGAACGCAAGCGACAAAGAAAUUGUGGUUUUGUUGCUUUCAUGAACAGAGUAGAUGGGCAGGCUGCCCAAGAUGAAAUGCAAGGGGUGGUUGUUUAUGAGUACGAACUGAAGAUUGGAUGGGGUAAAUCUGUUGCCCUUCCUUCGCAGGCAUUACCCGCUCCUCCACCAGGACAUAUGGCCAUCAGGAGUAAAGAGGGUGCUAAUGUAAUCUUGUCUGGUCCAUCAGGCCCACCAGUUACUUCUGUACCAACAAGCCAGAACUCUGAGUUGGUUCUAACUCCAAAUAUACCUGAUAUAACUGUGUCUCCACCUGAAGACGAUCAUCUCCGUCAUUUAAUUGAUACAAUGGCCCUGUAUGUUCUGGAUGGGGGCUGCGGUUUUGAACAAGCGAUAAUGGAAAGAGGGUGGGGAAAUCCUCUCUUUAGCUUCUUGUUUGAGCUUGGAACUAAAGAGCAUACCUAUUAUGUUUGGAGGCUCUAUUCUUUUGCACAGGGUGAUACACUACAACGAUGGAGAACAGAACCUUUCAUCAUGAUAACGGGGAGUGGCAGAUGGGUACCUCCACCAAUUCCAAUAGCAAAAACUCCAGAGCUUGAAAAGGAAUCUGGAACCACUUAUGCCGCCGGAAGAAGCAAGCGGGUGGAACAAGAGCGAACUCUGACCGAUGAGCAAAGGGAUGAGUUUGAGGACAUGUUGCGCGCCUUAACUUUAGAGAGGAGUCAAGUAAAGGAUGCUAUGGGUUUUGCAUUAGAUAAUGCUGAUGCUGCUGGAGAGAUAGUUGAGAUUUUAACUGAGUCUUUGACUCUGAAGGAAACCCCUAUUCCAACUAAAGUUGCAAGGCUAAUGCUUAUCUCUGAUGUUCUUCAUAAUAGUAGCGCCCCUGUGAAAAAUGCAUCAGCAUACCGUACAAAGUUUGAGGCAACUUUGCCUGAUGUUAUAGAGAGUUUUAAUGAUCUCUAUCGCAGUAUAACAGGAAGAAUUACAGCUGAGGCCCUUAAGGAACGAGUACUAAAAGUCCUACAAGUAUGGGCCGACUGGUUUCUCUUUUCCGAUGCAUAUGUGAAUGGAUUGCGAGCUACUUUUCUUCGAUCAGGGAACUCGGGUGUGAUUCCAUUUCAUUCAAUAUGUGGUGAUGCACCAGAAGUAGAAAAGAAAAUGAGUUCAGAAGAUGCAGGUGAAGUGGGUAAUAAGGUUAAUCAAGAUGCUGCAUUGGCAAUGGGGAAAGGAGCAGCAAUGAAGGAGCUGUUAAGUCUCCCGUUGGCUGAGCUGGAGAGAAGAUGCCGACACAAUGGUUUAUCCCAUGUUGGUGGUAGAGAAAUGAUGGUUUCCCGUUUGCUUGAUCUCAAUGAGGCUGAAAAACAAAGGGGAUAUGGAAUAGAAAAUGACUUGAAGUAUGCUAGUGGCAGGAGAGGACCAGACACUGUUGAAAAUAUUCACACACAAGGAAUAGACUUGGCACUGUCUUCAACUAUUCCCAUCCCACAGCCUGAGCUAAAAGCCUUUGAAAGUAAAGGGAAAGUUGAGCCCGUUCUUCCGGCUUCUAAAUGGGCAAAAGAUGAUGAUGAAAGUGAUGAUGAACUGAAGAGAAGCCCUAGGGAUCUAGGAUUAAGUUACUCAUCUUCUGGAAGUGAUCGUGCUGAAGAUCUUCCAAAUAGAGCCGAAGAGAUGGAGCUUGCAAAUGAUGCAAGCUUGCUAUUACAGCAGGACAAUGGCAUGAGUGAAGAACAAAGACAAAAAUUGAGACGUCUCGAGGUUGCUUUGAUGGAAUAUCGUGAAUCUCUGGAAGAGCGGGGUGUAAAGAGCUCAGAGGAAAUUGACAGGAAAGUUACAAUUUAUCGGAAAAAGCUAGAAUUGGAGUAUGGAUUGUCUGGUGGUGACCCAUCUACCAAAAAGAGAGAUAAUAGGAGGGAUGACACCCGGGAGUCUUCAAGGAAGAGACUUCGUAGCCGGAGCCGGAGUGGCAGCCCACCACAUAAAUCACUUGGUAGAGAGAAGGAAAAAGGAAGCAAUAUGGACCUUGAAAGACACAGAAACAGAGAUAGAGGUAAUAAUGAUUCAGGGAGUGGGAGAGCAAGGGAGAGAGAUAGUGAAAAGAGUAAAAGCAGGGAGAGGGAUGAUCACGACAGGGAUAGAUCCCGAGUCUCGAUUGACAGGAGAAGGGGUAAAUGAUGAGGAAAAAAUGGUAGAAUUUCCUCACUCGCAGCAGAAUUCUUGAUAGGUGUAUCGAAAGGGUAAGAAGAAGAAGAUGUGCCUUGUCCACUAUUGCAGGGCCUUGAGUAAUAAUGAAUGACCAUUUUCGAGAAUCAUAAACAGUCAGUUGUUGACAAAUACUGUAUGAUGCAAAAUUGUGAAUUUUAUCCAUAGAUUUGAUCUGAGAUGAUGUAGCUGCUGGUAUGUAGCAUUAUUUACUUUUGUUUUUGUUUCUUCAAAAUUUGAGACAUGGCUUGUAUCAAUGUAUAAAAAACCAUUGCACUUGUGACUAAAUGUUCAUUUAGAGAUGAUGGAUGUUUGCUUU